AUGGAGCUGCAAGCUGCUCUCCAGCGCCGCCGCGACAUGGAGACUGGGGCUAUUUGGGCUUCGCAAAUCACGGAGGAGCAUCCCGUCAUUUGGCUUGGGACGGGGACAGAUGCCUCGAACAGGGGGCAACUGCAGAGACAAUCGGUACAGAGGGUUUUGAAUGUGGCGGACGAUGUGCCGUGCUUCUUUCUGGAUGAUCCAGAUAUCCAGUACUGCAGACUGGACAUCACCGAUUUUGGCGGCGAUGCCGGGAUUUCGAGGGCUUUUACGAAGGCCAUCGACUUUGUUCGGGACGCUCCCCAGGGCGUAGCGACCUUGGUGCACUGCGCAAACGGCUCGAAUCGUAGCCCGACUGUCGUCGUCGCCCUCAUGAUGGCCCUGUGCAGAAUGACUUUGAGGGAGGCAUGGGAUCUUGUCAAGGCGAAGCGAAGCGCCAUGCUUCCUUUGCACGACAAUGUCAACGAGCUCGUGCGCUGGGAGAUUGAGCAGACAGGACAAAGCACGGCUUCUGCAAGGAGAUUGUCGUCCUGGCAUGGGCAAAGGCAUGGGCCCACCGAUGGGAGCUAUGGGGAUGGGCGGCAAAGGCAUGGGUGGAGGCUGUGGUAUGGGAAUGCAGAACAUGCCCAAGUCGACAGGCGGCUUAAUGCCUGGACAGCAGCCUGGAGGACUCGGGAUGCGCCCACCAGGACAAAUGGGCGGCUACUACUAGUCGCAGGUCGCGCCAUCCACGAGUGCAUAAUGCUGAGUCGCUGCAGCGAUUGCCGCAGCUGCUGCCACCCACGACAGGGCCAACAGAUCUCGCGAGAUUUUGGCUUCAAUGUGAGAUGGAAGCACACCCAAAAUGCUGCUGUGCGCCACAUGUCUGGUCGCUGGUUGCAAUUUUAG